AUGAGGGAAGCCGAGAGCAUCGUGACCAAGAUCAAACAGCAGCAGUACCAGGAACUGCUGUGUAGAGACCAGCUCACCAUUGAGAAGGGAGAGGGGAAGAUAUUCCUACACUAUGAUGAGGAGGAGAUCACGUUCGCGCCCACGUAUCGUUUCGAGAGAGACACACGCGAGAGAUAUGCCUACACCAAGGCCAAAGCCACUGGGACUAAAUACAAUCUACCAUCAUGGUGUGAUCGUGUUCUACGGAGGUCCUACCCCUUGGUUCAUGUGUUCUGUCAGUCAUACGGGUGCACCAAUGACAUUAUGACCAGUGACCACUCUCCAGUUUUCUCCACGUUUGAAGUUGGAGUGGCAUCACAGUUUGUCUCCAAGCACGAUCCCAACAGUGUGUCUCAGGGUGGGAUCAAGUUCAUGAACUGUGUUGCCACCCUCAUGACAAAGUCCAAGACCAAGUUCUUCAUCGAAUACCACUCCAGCUGCUUAGAGAAAUUUGUCAAGAGCUCAGAAGGAGAGAACCAAGAUCACUCUGAUGGGAACAUCAAGGUUCGGUUUGGAAACCAAGUUGAGCUCAUCCCUAUCAUCUCAGACCCAGAGUAUUUGUUGGAUCAGCACAUUCUCCUGUGUGUCAAGUCCACAGACUGUGAUGAAUCCUAUGGAGAGGGCUGUGUGGCUCUGCGAGCGGCAGAGUCCUCCUACACAGAGUUCCACGUGACGCUGACGCACCACGGCGAGCGGACAGGCACCCUGACAGGGGGUGUACAACUGCGCACCUCUGGGGGCAAACAGACCGAGAAGUUAUACGAUUUCAUCCAAGUGGAAAGGGAUGAUUCUGGCACCCCAAAAGGGAAAGGUCUGGAUAACAACAGCAAGUUCGCUCUUCCCCAUCCCAUUGAUAUCACCAACCCCAAUUACAUGGGGGUGGGCUACAAGUCUGGAGGUGUGACAGACAGGGGCUGGAGCUACAGCAUGUCCCCCAGAUCAGGCUCCGGAGGUGGGGGUGGUGUCGGUGGGCACGGGGGCAAGGACCAGACCCAUGGAAACAUCUUUCCCAAAAAGACUGUCUACGACCACAGCGCUGUGCGAAGCCCCACUGGAAAAGCAACGGAUAACGUAGGUGAGGACGGGAAGCCAGCGGAGAUGUUUGACAACCCUCUGUACGGCUCCAUGGGAAAGUCUGGAGGAGGAGCUAAAGAGUCACCAGACCCUCAGUCCUCCAAGGAACACCUGACCCCUCCAGACCCCUACUUCUCCUUUCCCAAACCCUCUGACCAGGACCCUGACCGGCCCCCGGUCCCCACCCCGCGUAACCGCUCUUACACCUGUUCUGAGACCAAGCCCCAGUGUUCAGCCCCUAAUUCCUUCGCCUCCCUCCACCCCCUGUCCUACACCAAGAACCCUGUGAAGCCGUCACGCUCCGAGGGGGGCAUGGUACUAACGGCCAAUAAGCCGCCUCUGCCCAUGAAGUCCCGCCCAGGCCAGGCGGAGGCCACGUCCACUAAGCCCAGAGACUACCGAGACAGCUCGGAGCUGCCCAGCAAACUCCGCCCACCUUCAAGGCCCAUCCAGCCCCUCCCCAAAGAAGCGCUUCACGAGACGACUCAACCCUCGAAGAUGGGCCGUUCAGUGAAAUGACUGUCUUGCUCCUGUCCUAGACGUUGGAAAUUAGAUGUUAAAUGGAGGGCUAGUGACAGAUGAUAACUCAAUACAACUUCUCACCCAGUCACUCCACUGCUCAUCCUACUGACUCUCCCUAAACAUGUUUCUGUACAAAACUCCUCGUUCCCUUUUCCAUACGCGUUAGGCUAUAUUACUGCAAGUCCAUAAGACAUUUUAUGAAUUGUCUUCAUGUCACCACUCUUUUUUAUCGUGAUUUUUGUAGAGUCCUCCGAUACAAAGUAUCAUUGUUCUGUUUUUGCACAGACGUUGACCACCACAAGAACUCUUUAGAUUAUAGGAAUCAUUUUGAAGACUUGCUUGCAACAAUCUGAAUGUGUCUUCCUUGUAUCUGGUGUUUGGUCAAAUCAGUACUAUUAAAUUUAAA